AGACCCCUUCUAUUUCCUCCUCUUGCAUGCCUUGUUAUUAACUACAAGGGUGGAAUAAGCAUGAAAGAGCCUGCACAUCCCUCCUUUGUUUUUCUUUUCAGACUCUUCCUUUGUCCAUGCCUCUUCACAUGUCCUUGUUUCCCUGCCUCCUAUGAUGGGCCUUGGUAUGAUUCAUCUGCAUAUACUGAGUGUAAAGAGUAUGCUGAGGCACCACUUUAUGAGGGCGGGAUUAUGGGUAAUGUGGAUCAGCGAAUUCAGCAGAGAUUCGAUAAUCAUGCCGAGAGAGUGUAUUCGCCGGCCUACGUCUUGCAGAAUCUCACCCCCAACAACAAAUAUGCAUUCUCCUGUUGGGUUAAAAUCAACGGUGUAGAUUCAGCUCUCAUAAGGGCUAGGUUCUCAACCAAUAACUCCACAUUUAAGUGUGUCGGGACCGUCUUGGCUAAGAGUGGUUGUUGGUCAUUUCUUAAAGGCGGAUUCGUUCCCGACUCAUCAUCUACAUUCGGUGUUCUCUUCUUUCAGAGUUUCGAUGAGAGCUCGAUCGAGAUUUCGGUCACUGGCUCUUCUUUGCAACCGUUUACGCCCCAACAGUGGAAAAUGCACCAAGAUGAUGGAAUUAGAAGGGAAAGAAAGCGCAUGGUGAUCGUCCACGUUUCAGAUGCAGGUGGUCAACGAGUGCCAGGAGCAAUCGUCACCGUCCAACAGAUCUCCAAAGACUUCCCAUUUGGUUCUGCCAUAGCAAAAACCAUUAUAGGAAAUUUGCCUUAUCAGAAUUGGUUUGUUAAGCGAUUCAACGCUGCAGUGUUCGAAAACGAACUCAAAUGGUAUGCGACCGAACCAGACCCAGGCAAACUCAACUACAGUCUAGCAGACCAGAUGCUGAGUUUCACCAGGGCUAAUAAAAUCAUCACAAGGGGCCACAACAUCUUCUGGGAGGACCCAAUCUACACACCUGCAUGGGUCCGUAAUCUCAGCAGCGAUGAUCUAAAAACCGCCGUUAAUUCACGUAUACAAAGUCUAAUGUGCAAAUACAAGGAAGAGUUCAUACACUGGGAUGUGAGUAAUGAAAUGCUUCACUUUGAUUUCUAUGAGCAAAGGCUUGGCCCAAACGCUUCAUUGGACUUCUUCCACACGGCCCAGGCGUCGGAUCCGCAGGCCACAUUGUUCAUGAAUGAUUUCAAUGUUAUAGAGACUUGCGACGACGGUAAUUCGACGGUCGAUACGUAUGUAUCAAGGCUCAAAGAGUUUAAGAAAGGUGGUGCAAUACUUGAAGGAAUUGGGCUGGAAGGCCACUUCACGACGCCGAAUCUUCCACUUAUGCGGGCCGUCCUCGACAAAUUGGCGACACUCAAUCUUCCGAUAUGGCUAACGGAGAUCGACAUCAGCAAAAAAUUGGAUCAGGAAACACAGGCAAUUUAUCUUGAAGACGUAUUAAGAGAAGGAUUCUCCCAUCCUUCAGUGAAUGGAAUAAUGCUAUGGACAGCACUUCAUCCCAACGGGUGCUAUCAGAUGUGUCUUACAGACAACAAUCUGCGUAACCUCCCCGCUGGGAAUGUGGUCGACCAGCUUCUCCAAGAAUGGGAGACCGGAGUAGUAACAGGCCAAACAGAUGAUCAUGGUGCCUAUAUCUUUAAUGGAUUUUUAGGAGAGUAUAUGGUGUCCGUCCAAUAUGAAAAUAAAACUGCUAAUUCCACAUUAUCUCUUUGUCGCGGCGAUGAAACUAAGCAUCUUACCAUUCAAUUGUAGGUCAUGUACAUUAAUUCCUAUAUAAAUUAACAUGAUUUGUUAAACAAAUGCUACAACAUUUCUUUAUUUUGGAGCCAUCUCUCCA